CUCGCCCCGGAGCGCCGCCGUAAGCAGACAUGGCUUGCGCCUUCCGCCGCUCCAUCGCCUGUCAGCUUUCCAAAGUUUUGGACCUUCCACCAGAAAGCUUGAUCAAGUCCAUAUCUGCAGUUCCAGUUUCCAAAAAACAAGAAGGAGCAGAUUUUCAGCUUUCUGUGGAUUCUUUACUGGAAGAUAACAGUGGCCGCUCAAGACCGGAUAGCCAAGCUAAAGCCGAUAGACUAGCAGAGAAGCUUAAAUGUGGUUCAGUGGUGAGUGAAAUCAGCACCGGUCCAGGGACUGUAUGUUUCAAAAUAAACCGAGAGCUGUUGACAAAGGCAGUACUGCACCAAGUAAUGGAAGAUGGCUCAGAAUACGGACUGAAAAGUGAACUAUUCUCUGGUCUUCCUCAGAGGAGGAUUGUGGUUGACUUCAGUUCACCUAAUGUUGCCAAGAAAUUUCAUGUUGGACAUUUGCGUUCCACUCUCAUAGGGAAUUUUAUAGCAAAUCUCAAAGAAGCUUUAGGACAUAAAGUAACAAGAAUAAAUUACCUUGGAGAUUGGGGCCUGCAGUUUGGUCUUCUGGGAGCUGGUUUCCAACUGUUUGGCUAUGAAGAAAAACUCCAGUCUAAUCCUUUACAGCAUCUCUUUGAAGUUUACGUACAAGUCAAUAAAGAAGCAGAAGAGGACAAGAACAUAGCACAGCUGGCGCAUGACUUCUUCCGGCAGCUGGAGCUGGGAGACGUGCAAGCACUCUCGCUGUGGCAGAGGUUCCGGGACCUAAGUGUUACCGAGUAUGUUCGGAUUUACAAGCGUCUGGGAAUAUACUUUGAUGAAUAUUCAGGAGAAUCAUUUUACCGUGAAAAAGCUCAAGCUAUCUUACAGUUGCUGGAGAGAAGAGGACUUCUACAGAAAACCGCGUAUGACUACUACUGUUCUUUAACAAGAAAAGGAAGUGCUGUUGUAGAUCUUUCUGGGAACGGUGACCCCUCUGCUGCGUGCACUGUGAUGCGAGCUGAUGGGACUUCUCUCUAUGUGACCAGAGAUAUUGCAGCUGCUCUAGAUCGAAUGGACAAGUAUAAUUUUGAUGCGAUGAUUUAUGUGACAGAUAAAGGACAACAAAAGCAUUUCCAGCAAGUGUUCCAGAUACUGAAGAUCAUGGGCUGUGACUGGGCAGAAAGGUGCCAGCAUGUACCGUUUGGAAUAGUGCAGGGAAUGAGAACACGGAGAGGAGACGUCACUUUUCUGGAAGAUGUUUUAAAUGAGAUUCAAACGAGGAUGCUUCAGAACAUGGCUUCCAUCAAGACAACUAAAGCUCUGGAGUGUCCAGAGGAGACUGCAGAGAAGCUCGGGCUUGCAGCGCUCAUCAUUCAGGACUUCAGAGGCUUACUCUUAUCUGACUAUCAGUUCUGCUGGGAUCGUGUUUUCCAAAGUCGUGGGGACACAGGAGUCUUCCUUCAGUACACACAUGCACGUCUCCAUAGUUUGGAAGAGACUUUUGGAUGUGGCUACCUGAAUGACUUCAAUACUACUUGUUUACAAGAGCCACAGUCUGUUUCCAUUCUUCAGCAUCUGCUCAGGUUUGACGAGGUGCUUUACAGAUCAUCUCAGGACCUUCAGCCCAAGCAUAUCGUUCGUUACCUUUUAACUCUAAGUCAUCUUGCAGCUGCAGCACACAGAAAACUCCAGAUAAAAGACAGUCCUCCUGAUGUGGCUGGGGUAUGGCAUGGCCAGACUUCAUCUGUUCAAAGCUGUACGUUCUGUCCUAGCCAAUGGAAUGAAACUUCUUGGAAUAACACCUGUAUGUAAGAUGUAAUUUUUAAUUAAAGUGUUUUUUAACAAUA